AGCUCCUCCUGCGCUGUUCUUAAGACCGGGACUGUGUCUGGAGGAGCUGCAAACCUCUGAGACGGACAGCCAGGUGUUGUGUAAUAACUGGAGUGAGAUUUGGAGAUUGUCUUGGAGUCCAGACGUUCAGACUUGUGUGGAUUUGAAGACGUCUCCGGUGUGUCGGUGCGGUCAGGAUGUACGGGCUGCUGUGUGAAAGUCUUCAUGACUUCAUUAAGUAGUCGUACGGUGAUGAUGUGUGGAAACUGGUCAGAGAGAGAGCCGACGUCAGGCUGCACUCCUUCGUAACUCAUCAGGUCUACAGUGAGAGUGUGAUUCCUCGUAUCGCGAAAGCAGCGAGUGGCGUCACAGGAAACCCCUAUAAUGAGCUCAUGAAUUCAUGGGGGGUUUAUUUCCUGGGAUUUGUAGGGAAGUACGGAUAUGACAGAAUCCUUAAGGUGUUAGGCCGCCAUGUGCGUGACUUUGUGAAUGGUCUGGAUAACCUGCAUGAGUACCUGCGCUUCAGUUACCCAAAAGUCCAGCCUCCGACCUUCUUCUGCCAGGAGGAAUCAGCUACAGGAGUUACACUGCACUACAGGAGCAAACGUAAAGGUUACCUGCACUACGCCAUGGGUCAGCUCAGACAGAUGGGAAAACAGUUCUACGACACUGACAUCCAUGUUGAGGUUUUGUCUGAGCAGCUGGUGGGAGAUUAUUCACACGUCACCAUGAGAUUAAACUUUGAUAACUCUGCCUAUCGAUAUAUCCAGAAGGAGGAUGAAGAGGAACAAGAGAUCCUCCCCAUCACCAGUGACUUUUUCUUUGAAGUUUUCCCCUUCAACAUUGUCUUCAGACAGGACAUGGUUGUGCAUAACGUAGGCUCUGGAUUGGCGACCGUCUUUCCUGAUCUGGAUGGGAAGAAGAUCAAUGAUGCUUUUCUGCUUGCUCGUCCUCUUGUGGAGUUCACAUGGAACAUGAUCAUCUCCCAUCCCAACAACCUGUUUGAGAUCAUGUCUAAGGAGCCGGUGAAACGAGAGAGGAACCUUCACAACAGAGUGCAGAACUCUGAUUAUGAGAACGCCAAUCGCUCAGCAGACGUGGAUGUGGAACUGAUGGCCUUUCAGUCAAUUAUAGGGGAUGAUUAUAAAGACGGAAACAGCGCUAAUGCGAUGGAGAGCUGGGGUGAUGGCAGCCGCUGCCUGAAACUGAAGGGUCAGAUGAGAUACAUGCCCGAGUGGGAGUCCAUCAUCUUCCUGGGCACUCCUGUCAUGGAGAGUUUAAGUGCCAUGUUUAAGACAGGUCUGUACAUCAAUGACCUGAGCAUGCAUGACUCGAGCAGAGAUCUGGUGCUUGCAGGAACUCAUAAAGAGCUCAAGAGAGCCCACAUACAGGAGCAAAAGAAAUCCAGUAAACUGGAGGAAAGCAUGAAAAUGUUGGACUACGAGAUGAAAAAGACGGAUGAUCUUCUGUACAGAAUGAUUCCCAAACCUGUUGCUAAGCGACUGCGGAAGGGAGAACCAGCUGUGAACACCUGUGAGUUUUUUCCUGAUGUGACCAUCCUGUUCAGCGACGUGGUGGGCUUCACUCGUAUCUGCAGUCAUAUCACACCCAUGCAGGUGGUGUCUAUGCUCAACACCAUGUACACGCUAUUCGACACACUCAGUGAGAAACACAGAGUGUUUAAGGUUGAAACUAUAGGUGAUGCCUACAUGGUGGUGGCAGGCGCUCCAGAAAAGACCAAGUUUCACGCUCACAAUAUUUGUGACAUGGCUCUAGAUAUGGUUCGAUCUAUUGAUCAUCUCAAAGACCCGUCCAAUGGAAACAACAUCCAGAUUCGCGUGGGAAUUCACUCUGGUAUGGUGGUGGCUGGGGUCGUAGGUCACAAGAUGCCUCGCUACGGUCUUCAUGGUGAUACAGUACACACUGCGUCUGCCAUGGAGAGCAAUGGCAAGGAAAUGCACAUACAGCUGAGCAGCGCUACUUAUGAGCACCUGAAAGGAAGUCACUUUAUCUUCGAGAGACGCGGUACCAUCACCAUCAAGGGGAAUGUGGAGAUUGAGACGUACUGGCUGAAAGGAAAGAGAGAUAAAGAUGGAAACGCUCAGGCUGCAUGCCCGCAGUUUGAAGCCCAGACCAUCAGUAAAGCCGCCAUCUCUGCCCCAGAAGCACCCAUCGAUGAGGAUGUGCUGGUGUUCCCCUCAGUGGCAGGUGAGGAUGAGGACGAUGUGAAAUCUAUCCGCUCUCACCGCAUGAAGAUGGAAACCUCUAGAAACUCUCUGGAGGAGUCGAUGGAGGAGUGUCGGGUUGAAGAAGCGUCCGUCAGUAAGUCUCAUUAUAAGGACGCUCUUCAGGACAGCAGUCUGCAGGACCCACACAUUGACCUCGACUCAGCUGAGUUUGACGGUCGAGAUUCAAUAAUGGAGUCUCCUGCUGGCUCGUGUGAUUCCCACGGCUCUGAGAAGAGCACCAUGUGCUCUGUGUGCUAAACACAGUGAUCAUGACAUGGCUUUGAAAUUGAUCUUUUCUAAAGCAUUCAACUGUUUCAGCCUUUUUAGUUUUAAUAGCCCAUUCUCAGCAUCAAAUGGCUAUUGAUCUGCAUGUGUUUCCCAAAGAAUUCUGUAAAUUGGAUUCACUGGAUUGUCUUAUAAAUAGAUUAGAGGUAUUAUUGAAAUUAAAUGUGCUUUUUGUGUUGGCUUCUCAUCUGUAUUCAGUCUCAUUCAGGUUAAAGCUUUAUAAACCUUUUUUCCCUUUU